AAAUUCAUAACCUAGGCAGGACUGACCGAGUUUCGGAGGCAAGAAGCAAGAAGCACACAUUUUCUAAGUAAUACCGGAGAAGAAUUUGAAGAAGAAUGGUCCGGCUGAUAACCCACAACCUGCUGGCCUGCAAUGCCAAGAACUGCUCGGCACCGACGAAUUUCCCGCUGCGGUUCGAGCAGGUCCAACGGGUCGAAAUCAAGGAGGCCGAGCUCAACAAGGAGUUCAUCAAAGGCUUCCUCAACAAGCUCGACUUUGACGCCCUUCUUUACGCCUCUCGAGCCCUUGGCGACGCAGCUCUCCCGGAUUCGUUCCCACCAGAAUCUUUCGAAAACCCGGACGCAAUUCCAGACGAAACCUAUGCGGCUCUACAUCAUGCAUUACUAGAGAUACAUGUCCAAGAGGGCAACAUGGUCUGUCCAUCAUGCGGACACAUCUUUGUCAUCAAGGACGGAAUACCAAACAUGCUAUUGGCAGAGCACGAAAUCAAAUCGUAACAUUUUCUUAAAUCGUCCUACAUCAUAAUUCUUCGGAAGCCAUGCCCACAUUAAAAAACAGGAGAUUAAAUGCAUACCAAAGUAACGUGAUGUUCAAGGGUGCACAUAUCAUAAUAAGAAAAACUGGGAAAUUGGUAAGACAGAGAAAAAUAACCAGCUUGGAAAUAUGUGUGUUAAAUAAUUGUGAUUCAUUAGCCUUGUGAUUUUUUUCUUUUAAGUUUCCUCAUCUUCUUAAUUUUUGACUCAUUUCAGCCAAAUUUGUCAGAUUUACUGUGUGUUUUCUAAUCACUUGUAUAAGCAUAUUCUAAACAACAACCUACAUUGAUAGUGGAUGAAUUCCCAUUGCAAACUACAGCCCUCUCAUAAGUCAAUUUACACCCCUCAGAUCUAAAU